AAAACUUCUGGAAAGUUGUCAUGAAGUUAACGGUCUCCUCUUGUAACAUUUGACUGUAACCCGUCUGUGGGUGUGUGCACCACUGCUGACCACUGAAGUAAUACUUCAGACCUGUUUCAGACAGACGGGGAGCGUCCGACUGGAUUUAAAAACUCAACCUCUCACUUGUUUGUGAAGUAGGCGCGUCAAUAACGUUAUAUAAUAUAAAUCCGGGACUAUUACUGUAAUUAUUUCUCUUCUAAAAAAAAACCCCCCAAAACUGUAAUUUACAUGACUUUUUUUGGAGUUGGACACACUAUGGUUCAUAAAUAUGGCAGACACAGAGCGAGCAGUGGGGCUGCUCAGACGAUACCAGGCCAACCUGACCAGUCCAGAGGAGCAGGCCCUGAAGUCCAGCGUGGGUAAAGUCUCUUCCAUCUUGGGCAGCCAGCUGUUCCAUGCCCUUCUUGAUAUUCAAGAGUGUUACGAGGUGACCUUGCAACUGAACACUGAACAAACUGUUGUGAAAGAAGACAGCAGGCAGGAUGCGUGGGAGGACGAGGAGGAGGGUGUGUCUCGGGUGCGAGUGACCAGCAGGAGGAGCCCCCACAAAGUGGAGCGAGUUUCUGGCCUGGUGACUCUAUCUCAUGUCGACGUGCCAAAGGCCAACCCUCCCCCCAUCAUCGUCAACGCAGACUCACUAGAUGCAGGCCCUUAUGUAAAUGGCAGUGAUGGGAUGUACAAAUAUGAAGAGAUCAUUUUAGAGAGGGGGAACUCUGGCCUGGGCUUUAGCAUUGCUGGAGGAAUAGACAAUCCCCACAUUCCUGAUGAUCCGGGGAUCUUCAUCACAAAGAUUAUCCCUGGAGGAGCAGCUGCUAUGGAUGGAAGGCUGGGGGUGAAUGAUUGCGUGCUGCGUGUGAACGAAGUGGACGUGUCUGAGGUGGUUCACAGUCGGGCGGUGGAAGCCCUGAAGGAGGCGGGGCCGGUAGUGAGGCUGCUGGUCCGACGGAGACAGGCACCACCCGAGACGAUUCUGGAGGUCAACCUGCUGAAAGGGCCCAAAGGGCUUGGAUUCAGCAUCGCCGGAGGGAUCGGCAACCAACAUAUCCCAGGAGACAACAGCAUCUAUAUUACCAAGAUCAUAGAAGGAGGAGCUGCCCAAAAAGAUGGACGGCUGCAGACUGGAGACCGCCUGCUAGCUGUGAACAACAUCGUGCUACAGGACGUGCGUCAUGAGGAGGCAGUGGCUGCGCUGAAGAACACCUCUGACAUGGUUUACCUCAAGGUGGCCAAGCCAGGACCUGUGCACCUCAACGACAUGUACGCCCCUCCAGACUACUCCAGCAGCCUGGCCCUCCCCCCAGCCUUCCCCACCAUGGUGGACAACCACGUCAGCCACAACUACAUGGGCGCAAUGGAACCCAAACCAGUGUACCCACCGCCCCAGGUCACCCCGUCCAGGUACUCGCCAGUUCCCCGCCACAUGAUGGGGGAGGAAGACUUCACAAGCAGAGCUGAACCUAUUUACAGUGUCAUCCACAAACCUGGGGACAUCAAGGUGCCCCAGGCCCUCUACAGAGGCUUCUGUCCUUCCUCUGCUCCCUUGUGCCAAGGUCCACUCCCCUUCUCUGGCAGGGAGCCAAGGAAGGUGUUGCUGCACAAGGGCUCCACAGGCCUGGGCUUCAACAUUGUUGGUGGGGAGGAUGGAGAAGGCAUCUUCGUCUCCUUCAUCCUGGCAGGAGGGCCGGCUGACCUGAGCGGUGAACUGAGGAGGGGAGACCGGAUUCUCUCGGUGAAUGGAGUGAACCUAAGGAAUGCCACACAUGAGCAGGCGGCUGCAGCGCUGAAGAGAGCUGGACAGACUGUCACCAUCAUAGCUCAGUACAGGCCUGAAGAGUAUAGUCGCUUUGAGUCCAAGAUCCACGACCUGAGGGAGCAGAUGAUGAACAGCAGCAUGAGCUCAGGAUCAGGCUCCCUGCGCACCAGUGAGAAACGCUCCCUCUAUGUCAGAGCUUUGUUUGACUAUGAUCGAACGAGGGACAGCUGCCUGCCCAGCCAAGGCCUGAGCUUCUCUUAUGGGGAUAUCCUUCAUGUCAUAAACGCUUCUGAUGACGAGUGGUGGCAGGCGAGGCUGGUCACGCCACAUGGAGAAAGCGAACAGAUUGGGGUCAUUCCGAGCAAGAAAAGAGUUGAGAAGAAAGAGCGGGCCAGGUUAAAAACAGUCAAGUUCCACGCCAGGACAGGCAUGAUUGAGUCCAACAGGCCAGUCAAAGUAAAGCGCAAAAAAAGCUUCAACCUCUCACGCAAGUUCCCGUUUUACAAGAGCAAGGAGAAUAUUGUGCAGGAGUUGGUGGAGUCUGAACAAUGCCUGACGUCCAACACAAGUGACAGUGAAAGCAGUUCGAAGGGACAGGAGGACACAAUUCUUUCCUAUGAGCCAGUCAUUCGACAGGAAAUUCACUACACAAGGCCUGUGAUCAUACUGGGCCCCAUGAAGGACAGAGUAAAUGAUGACCUCAUCUCUGAGUUUCCCCACAAGUUUGGCUCCUGUGUACCCCAUACGACUCGUCCGAGGCGAGAGAACGAGAUGGAUGGCCAGGAUUACCACUUUGUGGGAUCGCGAGAACAAAUGGAGAAAGACAUUCAGGAUAAUAAAUUCAUUGAGGCUGGCCAGUUCAAUGAGAACCUCUAUGGGACGAGCAUCUUGUCUGUCAGAACUGUGGCUGAGAGGGGGAAACACUGCAUUCUGGAUGUGUCUGGGAAUGCCAUAAAACGACUGCAGCAAGCACAACUUUAUCCGAUUGCCAUCUUUAUUAAACCAAAAUCCAUUGAAGCCCUAAUGGAAAUGAAUAAGAGGCAGACGUACGAGCAGGCCAAUAAAGUCUUUGACAAGGCAGUUAAGCUGGAGCAAGACUUUGGAGAGUAUUUCACAGCUAUUGUACAGGGUGACUCACUAGAGGAGAUCUACAACAAAAUCAAGCUAAUCAUCGAGGAGCAGUCUGGUCCCUACAUCUGGAUCCCCUCCUCAGAGAAGCUCUGAGCUUCCCGCCGUCCCCCUUCUGCCUCCCAGAGACCCCACCCAAGCCCAAAUAGCCCCCCUCCUCACUUCCUUUUUGCAGAUAUGUUUCAUAUCAAGUUUUAGUGUCAUCAUUAUGUUACUCUCUAAAUGGAAAAAGAAGUCUUAUCACCAUUACUGUGACUGUGCACACCCCUGCAUGAGUUUCUCAACAAAAUCCAUUCAAGACUGGAAAUGCCAUUCCAAAGGAAUUUGUCAACAAAAGGGAAAAAGGAAUAAAUCCUUUUGUGAACUAGGACUGACUGAAGAUCAGAAUGUUACAGAAAUCUGGAGAGAGGAGUUGGGAUUCAAAAGGAAGUUGCAGGGAAACAGACAAAUCAUACCAAGUUGGAACACUUUGUAAAUGUUCAUCAGAUCACAUUUAAAAAGACACCCAAGAUGAAAAGUGAAGACCAAUUAAGGUUGUUUUUUUUUCUUUCUUUUCUAAAGACUGGAUAAAAAUCGAGCCCUGCUGAUGGUACUGUUCAAGGAGUCAUCUCUCUUGUUUAUAAUGACUGAGGAAAUUAGUGGAGCCUACAAACUGGUGAUCUAUUUAUCACAAACCAGCUUGCUGUUUGGUCGUCUGCCAGUUGUCUGUGCUGCAGCUGAUAAAGACAUCUCGGGAGGCAGAUCAAGAGGAAGAAACGCGUUGUGAAUCUCUACAUUUAUAUUAUGAAAUCACAAGAUAAAUGAUAAAACCCCACUGAGAUUUUCCUACAUAUUAAAUACUACACAUUUUACACUUCACUAGAAUUGUCAAUUUGGAGGGCUGUUAAAUUUCUUUUCUUUUUUCUUUGUGGGAUUUUUUGCUUGUGGUUUUUAGCUGCUCUGUGUAAAGGUUGGAGGUAGAGAAGUGUAACUGGGCUCUCUGCAAAACACCAAACUGCCUUAGAUCAAAUACAAAUUCUGUUUUGUGACUGACUACCUGUUGUCUGUGAGGGAGGCUGCACACAAUUGACACGGAAAAGAGAGGAAACAUUCAAAUCUUUUCUUACUUGUUUGUGUCAUCCAGCUGCCAGGAGGCCUGACUUGAGUGCAAUAGUUAAAAACGAAGUCUCACCUCUUCAAUAGAUAAAACAAAGUCUCGCCUCUGUGGGCGCCUUUUCUCGCCUGCACUUCAACCUUCCUUCCUGUGUAAGUAAAGAAUUUGGCCAUUGGAUUACAAUUUGGACAGCCAGAGCCUCCUAACUCAUGUUGAGCAGCAGACCACCCUAUUACACUCUCUGCCUUCCAAGAGGAUUCUCUUCCGAUUGAAUGGUCAUAUGGUACUGUCCUAUCUGCCGCCAUAACGGUGGCCUUAAAACGGGUAGAACAAGACAAUAAUUGUAUUGGAUGUCCUAAUGAUUAAAGAGUUAAUAUAUCCUGUUUUGGAUUGUCCCCCUGUACCCCUACCAAAAAUAACACUAAAGUUGGGUUUGAUUAAAACCUACAUGCUUUGUGUAUCUCUACACGUAUAAAUUCUUGAUGAAUCUGUUGUUGGCAGGUACUGAACCACUGUGUUGAGCUCUUAGCGUGUCUAGGGUGAGCUAGACCAGCUCAGGAAUCUUUAACGUACAGAUACCAUUUCCCCUGCGACUGAAAGGGCCAUGUUUUGGCAAUGACACAGAGUUCAUAGCUGUCAAAUGUGAACAAGUACUUCUAGUACAAUUUCAACUCAACAGUGUAAUCGGGCUGUAUCAUGUCUUCUCUUUUUCGUGAGGUGGCGAGUUUGUUCAAGGCCGUCGGGGCUAUAACCGUUUUGAGUUGGCUGUAUGGCAUCACCAGGAUUGAAAUGACCUGCUCCACCCUCCCAUGCAGAUCUUGGCACUGUAUGUUAAUGUGUGCAUGUGAGAGAGUGCGUCUGAAGGAGUACUGUGGCCCCUGAUCCUGUGAACGUUCUCGCUUUCCUCCUCAGCUUUUUGAAGAGCGCAAAGGAUUUUUUUUUUUUUUUUUUUUGUCUUCUCAGAGAGCCAGACCCAACAGGAAGUGGUAACCUAAGACCUCUGGGUCCCCUGCUCUCUCCCACCCACAGAGCACCUGUACCUGCAGGCAUUUUCUGAACAGGUGUGCCCACCUGCCAGGCACCACUGCUAAACCAGCUGUCAUUACCUGUGUCAAAACCAGAGUUCAGGGAAUAACCGAAGGGAACAGAGCCAUUUAUAAACUGCUUGCAGACUGUUUCAAAGGGUGUGGUAGCUGUACAAUGUAAAUAAGCCCCCAGCAGAUCCCCCUCACCUGUGCUUCAUGCAUGUGUGAAUCAAACUGAGACAAAUGUUUUAUAGACCACAAAUGUCAGGUAAGUAAAGUUUGAGCUACUAUUGAGAUAUAAUUUCCAUACAAAUGUGCUGUAUUGUUGGUAUUUCUCUUCAAAUGCCUAUUGGAAAUUAACUAGUCAGUUGGGAAUUAAUUUCCCUAAAGUAGGGCCUGUCUACAUGUGAUUUCUUGUGGAACGUGUCUGGGUGUAUAGAUUUUAAAAAUAUAUUGUAAAAUAAUUAAAGAGAUGCAGGCAGAAACCUACACAAUAUCACAGAAACCAGGAGCAUUGAUCAAUACAUCAUUAGAAGUUUAGAAUUGGUCCUCUCUGGUGUUUAGUUGAAAUACAGCUGACUGUUAACAAUGUGUGUGGUAUUUAUACCUCAGUCAGUCAUGUCAAAGCCCAAAGAACUUGAUUUCAUUUUGCUCUUUCCAUUGAGGUUGUGGUAUAUAACAAGAUGGAACCUGAAUGCCUCUGUGUGUGUAUAAUUGAUGAGGGUCUUUGUUCUGAUGAGAGAAAUUAUGACAUAUAUGCUUUUAAUUUUGGGUGGGGGGGUCAGGGUUCUUGUUUGUACUUUUGGGUGAUGUUUAUGUUAUAGCACAUCUGUGCAGUAAGUGCUUGCAAACAUGAACCCUUUGAUUGUACAGUAGUUUCUUCCUGUCACUGCAGGUGGUACAGCCUAUCAGGACACUUGGCCUCAUGGUCUUCCCUGUCCUAGUCAUGAGGGAACACAGUCCUGCAACUUUUGUUUGGGUUUUAUUUUGGGACUUGACAAGAGUUUAUUUGUUUGAAAAUAAAAUAUGUGACUCAGUUA